AUGAAACGAAAUGAGGGGAUAUUCGAUGAGCUGCGGAAUAUACUCAGCGAGAGGAUUAUGGUGAUCGACGGGGCGAUGGGUACGAUGAUCCAGCGGGAGCAUUUGGGCGAGGACGAUUUUAGAGGGGACGUUCUUAAGGAUCACCCAAAGCCACUAAAAGGCAAUAACGAUUUGCUGUCGUUGACGAGACCGGAAAUAAUUUAUAAAAUUCACAAAUUAUACCUGGAAGCUGGUGCAGACUUCAUUGAGACGAAUACAUUCAGCGGGACAACGAUAGCACAACACGAUUACGCAUGUGAGCAUUUGGUGGAUCAAAUCAACGUCGAGUCUGCGAGGAUCGCACGGAAAGCGGCUGAUGAUGUGCAGAAGGCAACGGGUAAUCGAAAAUUUGUAUGCGGAGCAAUGGGUCCAACGAAUAAGACAUUAUCAAUAUCGCCGUCAGUGGAGCAGCCUGAUUUCAGGAAUAUCACAUUCCAAGAGCUCGUUAGUGCCUACUCUCAACAGGCACGGAGUCUGAUAAAGGGAGGUGCGGAUAUACUGCUGGUGGAGACUGUGUUUGAUACGGCGAAUGCUAAAGCUGCCUUGUUUGCGAUUAGACAGCUAUUUGAAGAUGAGAAUAUGGAGGAGAUUCCGGUGUUCCUGUCUGGAACGAUAGUUGACCUAUCCGGCAGGACACUUUCCGGGCAGACCGGAGAGUCCUUCCUGAUCAGCACAAAGCAAGGGAAUGCCAUGGCGGUGGGUCUGAAUUGCGCGUUGGGCGCUAAGGAGAUGAGACCAUUUAUUGAGGAUAUUGCGAGAAAUACAGCGGCGUGGGUGAUAUGUUAUCCGAAUGCGGGUCUUCCGAACGCAUUGGGAGGGUACGAUGAGAGACCUGAGGACUUGGCCAAGGAUCUGUUAUCGUUCGCGAAAGAUGGCUUGGUAAAUAUAGUGGGCGGGUGUUGUGGCACGACGCCGGAUCAUAUACGUGAAAUAGCGAACGCGGUGAAACGAUUGAAGACGAUUCGAAGACCGUUGACGAACGGCAUUAAUAAUAAUAAUAAAAAUUUACUAUUGUGUGGACUGGAAGCGUUCCGAGUGGAUGAGAACACAAAUUUUGUGAAUAUCGGUGAGCGGUGUAACGUGGCCGGGUCGAGGAGAUUCUGCAAUUUAAUUAAGCAGAAUGAUUUUGAGAAAGGUAUCGAAAUAGCGCGUAAACAGGUGGAGAAUGGAGCGCAGGUGCUGGAUAUAAACGUGGACGAUGGCUUGCUAGAUGGGGUGCAUUGUAUGUCGAAGUUUGUUCGCUUGAUAGCUUCAGAACCUGAUGUGGCUAGGGUUCCGCUAUGCAUUGACUCGUCGAAUUUUGACGUUAUAGUGGCGGGCUUGGAGUCGUGUCAAGGCAAAUGUAUUGUGAAUUCGAUAUCGUUGAAAGAGGGUGAAGAGGCGUUUGUUAAAAAGGCGAAUCUGAUUCGACGCUACGGCGCUGCGGUGGUCGUGAUGGCGUUCGAUGAGCUGGGACAGGUCAACAUUUAUUUAUUUUUAUUUAUUAUUAUUAUUUAUUAUUGUUGUUAA